AUGGAUCAAUUCCAAUCUACCUUCGAGAAGCUCUGUCCUAUCUGGGUGCCUCCUCCCACAGCUUCCGAUGGAUGUUACUACGAUUCGACUUCUUUCGUAAGAGGUGGCUCAGAUGGUAAUUCACCAGAUUAUCUCGCUACUGUUAAUUGUCUCUACACCACCAGAGGCGGACAGAAGAACGUCGCCUUCGAGAUUGUCCAAUCUCUCGGUGGCGCAAUUGCCAAUGAGGGAAUCUAG